UGGAUGGCAUUCUUCCGACCCAGAUUUUUCUCUCGGUGACCGAAGAUGGAGUGCCCUAACUGGAUCUUCGCCCUGGUGCUCGUCUUCUCGCUAUGGCGCAUCCGCGUCGACGCCCGCCGCAUCUCAGCCCACACUCGAGGGGCGCCUGCAGCCUUCCUGCAUCUCAUGCCUCAACUGCCAACAUUCGGCACAGAUCGCCGCACCGGCAGGCAACGAAGAGGCCAUGCAGAAGCAGCAGCAGCAGCUGCCUCAUCCCAACCUUCCCCUGUGGAUGAGCUCAUCGCCGAGCAGCCGUCCCUCUCGCCCAUCCAGACGGACGCCAAUGUGCCCGACGGCCACAGGGGGCUGCACUCGUUCCUCUACGACGACGGCAAGGAGGACGACGCCCAUGCGGCCAAGCCAGCCGGCAGCCGCGGCCGAGUGCGGUUCGACGGCGUCAACAUGUAUGGUGUGGAUCGGUGGCUGGGCAUGCACAGGGAGGAGAGGGUGUGCGGGGUGUACAGCGUCCUCGACGAGGACCGGUCUGUGCAGUAUGUGGGGGUCUCCAGGAACGUCGCUGUCGCACUGGAGAGCCACAGGCGGCAGACGCCGCCGGGCACCGUCGCUUUCGUCCGAAUCAAGGUGCGCACUGAGGCAGACAGACAGAAAGGUGUGUGUGCGUGUGUCCAAAAUGUGUGUGGCUGCGUGUGAUCCAUCUCUGUGUGCAGAGCUGGGACUAUCCUCGUCGGGAGGAGAUGGAUGCGCUGAGGGACGAGUGGAUCAGGGAGAGCGGGAGGGUGCCCCCGGGCAAUGAGGACGCCUCACUGGGAUUUGCAGAGACCAUCAAGGACGUACGUACCUAUGCACGCACCCACAAUGCACAGACGAGGAGGAGAGGCAUCGACGUGUUUGCGUCUGUGGUUGCAGGCGUCUACUGACGGCAUGAAGGAUGACGAGAGGCAGCAGUACCACGAUAACAAGGUGGGCCAGCGAGUGGGUCAGGGGCGCCACUGACUCACCAGACAGACAGGCAGACCAACCCAUCCAUCCAUCAGCCGCUCUCUCUGGCUGCGUGUGUCCAUCCCUACUUGUCGCUCAGCUCAAGCUGCGGCGUGCAAUGGCCGACAACACACUCAUCGACGAGACGCCAAACAUCAUCGAAGAGGAGAUCAUGAACAGGUCAGAACCAACCCACCCACCCAGAACGCACCGCUUCCACCGUCUAUUAUGAAUUGCCGUUGAUUGUCACGUCACUUCACUUCACUUCACCUCACCUCAGGGAGGCCUUGCUGCACGCCCUCAAGGACGACGACUGGUCUGCCGUCAUCGACGGGCAGACCAACGCGACCCUGAACCCACAACUCAUCAACGCGCAGCUGCAGGAGGCACUCAAGAUCGGCCGUGACGACACCUCCACAGACACACAAGGGGAGGCAAACGUGGUCAGCCCAUUCGCCCCCGGCAGGCAGGGCGACGACGCAGUGGCAGCACGGACAGCCGAACCUGCUGAGUGUAGGCCCGCCACGCACAUAGCAGCCAGCACCCACAUCCUUCAGCUUUGAUUCGCGGUAUGUGUGUGGUGGGUGUGUGUGCGCAGCUCUGCCGCUGACAGUGGACAACGUGGAUAGGGUGCUGGACGAUGUGCGGCCGUACCUGCAGGCCGAUGGGGGCAAUGUCAUGGUGGUCGCCGUCGACCCCACACACAAAACGGUCACUGGCAGGCAGCAAGGCAGAUUCUGGCGAGAUUAGACAUUUAUGAGGCAUUCAUUCAUUCAGCCAUGGCUGAAUCGUCCCUUCUCUUGGUGCGGUGUGUGCAGAUCAGCCUGGCGCUGCAGGGUGCGUGUGGCAACUGCCCGUCGUCCCAGAUGACGCUCAAGAUGGGCAUCGAACGGCUCCUCAAGUACGCACCGCGCCGACCCGACAUCAGUGAAUGCCACACUCAUCUGCCUGCGUCUCUCUUUCGUGUUUCCGUUCCUUCCCUCCACACGUCACUUGUCGUGUGUGCAGGGAGACGUGGCCCGACUUGAAUGACGUCGUUCCAGUGUCCGACCCCUCCUCGCCCCAUGCGGCCCCCGCCCCCCUGCCCUUCGGCGUGGAGCUCAUCGAACGGCACCUCGAGGAAGUGCGGUGGGGCCUCAACGGCAUGGGCGCAUCGUGCGAUGUCAUCGAGGCCAAAGGUGGGUACCACACACAGACAAGACAGACAGACAGACAGACAUGGGUGUUCCAUGUGUCUGGUGUCUGGUUCAUGGAUCCUUCUGUGUGUGGGUGUGGGUGUGGUUGUGGUUGUGUGCAGAUGGUCGUGCGGUGCUGCGGUAUGCCGGUCCAGACCCAGGCCGGAUCACGUUCGGGAUCGAGCUGAUGCUCAAGGACGCCGUGCCCAACAACCAGCUGCAGGUCGUCGAGUUCGUCACUGACGAGCCUCAGACGGACGACAGGCAGCAGGCCACAGCGGCAUAGACGGGGGGAGGGGGGAGGGGGCGGCAGGGGGGAUUGACGGAUGGUGAGGUGGAUGGCCAUAUGUGAAUGCUCUAUUGGGCAUGCCUGCCUGCCUGCCUGCUGCCGUUGUGAUGGAUGCGCUGAGGUGCGAUGGGACGGGCACAUAGAGAUCGAGUGCAAAGGUGACUGAAGGACACUUUUGUGUGUUGAACUCAUUAUCCAUCGUCUUGUUUAUGCAUACGUACAAUGCGCCGACACGCCCAUCUCUCUCUCUCUCCCUCCCUCCCUCUCUACGUGUCUGUUCAUGUGAGUGGUCGGGUCAGCGACCCUUGUGUGACCUCGUCUCGUCAAGGAUUUUUCCACA